CUUUAACAUCUUUGCAGCAGAAUGAUAGAUCCGCGCUGACUUCAGCGGAAGGAUAUGUGUUUUUGUUUCUUCCCCAGUGUGACUUCAGUAACUGCUGAGUGGAGAAGUGCAGGACUUUUUCAGCGCCGUCUGUAUCUAGUAGAAGUUAAAUUUACAUGUAUUUAAAUAGCUGUGAUGGAACAACUAGUCGAACCAAUGUGAAAUAAGGCUGAAAAUGUUGUAAUUUGGCACUACAGGUACUUUCGCUCUUAAUUGUGUGUGACCCAUUUUCAGCGAGACUUUUUGAGAACUAGCUAACCGCUCCAGGAGAAAACUCAACUUUGGGCUGGCGACCUUAUGUGGAUUUUACAGAAAAUAUGGAGCAGAUUCCCGGUUUCUCUUCCGGCAAAUCACUAGUCCUGGUGUUCUGCUUCAUUCACAUCACUUUGGCUCUUCAGUGUGUGGAUGAUAAGGCUCCUUGUGUGAACAAUGCAACAUGUCUGACCCUGAGUAAUGGCACUGUGUAUUGCAGGUGUGCUCCUGGCUUUCUGGGUGAAUACUGCCACCACAAGGACCCUUGUCAACCUGGCUACUGCCUGAAUGGAGGGAACUGCUCUGUGUCCAUGUCAGCCGGUGUACCUGUGCCGGGCAGUGCAAGCUGCACCUGUCCCCUUGGCUACACUGGACAGCACUGCCAAACACCACAGAACUCGACUUGUUACCCCAACAACCCCUGUGCCAACAAAGGUGUCUGCACUCUGCUGUCGCUCGACAAGUUUAAGUGCGAGUGCGCCAGAGGAUGGACAGGGCCACGGUGUGAGCAGGAGGACAGCUGUCUGUCUAGUCCCUGUGCCCACGGGGGAACAUGUAGCUCCCUGUCUGGUGGAAGAUACUUGUGCUCUUGUCCAAGUGGCUACUUUGGUCCUCGCUGCCUUAAUGACACCAAUGAAUGCACUGUUACACCCUCCGUAUGCCAAAACGAAGGAGUAUGCCUCAAUACUCCUGGCUCCUACAAGUGUAUCUGUGCCCCGGGGUUCACAGGCAGAAACUGUGAAAGCUCAUACAUCCCUUGCUCACCUUCCCCCUGCCUGAAUGGAGGCACCUGCCACCAGAACUCUGAAACCAGCUACUCAUGCCAUUGCCUUCCAGGGUUCAAUGGGACAAACUGUGAGAACAACAUUGAUGACUGCCCUGGUCAUCAGUGUGCCAAUGGAGGAACCUGCAUGGAUGGAGUUAACACCUACAACUGCCAGUGUCCUCCAGAGUGGACUGGUCAGCACUGCACGGAAGAUGUGAAUGAGUGCCGCCUGCAGCCAAACACCUGCCAGAAUGGAGGAACAUGCAGCAACCUGAUUGGCAGCUACGUUUGUGUGUGUGUGAAUGGCUGGAGUGGACCCGACUGCUCUGAAAACAUUGAUGACUGUGCAACAGCGGCGUGCAGCCCUGGCUCCACGUGCAUCGACCGUGUAGCAUCUUUUGUCUGUCUGUGCCCCCAUGGAAAGACAGGUUUGCUCUGCCACAGAGAUGAUGCUUGUAUCAGUAACCCUUGCAGAGAGGGCUCUCAGUGUGACACCAACCCAAUCAGUGGCAUGUACAACUGUAACUGUCCACCUGGAUAUGUAGGCAGCACCUGUCAGACUGACAGAGACGAAUGCAGCAUUGGUACAAACCCCUGUGAACAUGGUGGUCAGUGUGUAAACACUGAUGGUUCCUUCACCUGUAACUGUGUUCGAGGUUAUGCUGGGCCACGCUGUGAGCAGGAUGUCAAUGAGUGUGCUUCAAACCCCUGUCAGAACGAUGGCACCUGUCUGGAUCGUAUUGGGGACUACACCUGCAUCUGCAUGCCUGGUUUUGAGGGGACUCACUGUGAGACUGAUGUGGAUGAGUGUCUCAGUUCGCCAUGUCUGAACCAGGGGAAAUGUCAGGACCAGGUUAGCCGCUUUGUCUGCGAUUGCCCAGCAGGCUUCAGUGGAGAAACGUGCCUUAUAGACAUAGAUGAGUGUGCUAGCACGCCUUGUUUGAACGGGGCCAAAUGUAUCGACCGACCCAACGGAUAUGAUUGUGAAUGUGCCGAAGGCUUUACUGGUCUGCUUUGUGAAGAAAACAUCAAUGACUGCGUACCAGAGCCAUGUCACCAUGGCGUGUGUAAAGACGGCAUCGCCACCUUCUCCUGUGAGUGCUAUCUUGGAUAUACAGGCUCCAUCUGUAACAGCCAGGUCCAGGAGUGCCACAGCAACCCAUGCCAGAACCGAGGACGCUGUAUUGACCUGGUCAAUGCCUACCAGUGUAAUUGUCCACCAGGAACCACAGGGGUGAAUUGUGAGAUAAAUGAAGAUGACUGUGCCAGCAACCCUUGUGAAUACGGAGAGUGCCACGAUGGCAUCAAUGAGUACAAGUGUGUGUGCACCCCAGGAUAUACAGGAGCUAAAUGUGAGGUGGAUAUCAACGAGUGCAACUCAAACCCAUGCUUGAGUGGGGGGACCUGCAUCGACAGGAUCAAUGGAUUUCAGUGCCUGUGCCCACCCAGCACCCACGGGCCACUGUGCCUCUCUGGGACUGACCACUGUGCUGCUCAACCUUGUGUGCAUGGAGAAUGCAUUGAACAGCAACACGGGUACCAUUGUGAGUGUGAAGCUGGUUGGGUGGGACAUCACUGUGAGGAAGAGAAGGAUGAGUGCCAGCCUAAUCCAUGCCAGAAUAAUGGCAAUUGUCUGGACAGGCAUAAUGGCUACACGUGUCAGUGCCAACCUGGAUUUAGAGGUGUGAACUGCGAGAAGAACGUUGAUGAAUGUGCAUCAGGGCCUUGUACGAAUCAAGGCGUUUGUAUAGAUGGAGUUAACAGUUACACCUGCCAGUGCAGUCCCCCGUUCACAGGUAAACACUGCGAGGUGGAGCAAGAUCCCUGUAAUUCUCAUCCAUGUGAGAGGGGAGGAGUGUGUCGUCCAUCGGCAGACUACACCUCCUACACCUGCCAGUGUCCCGCUGGCUGGCAAGGUACACGUUGCACUGAGGAUGUGAAUGAAUGCAAAAAGAGCCCAUGCAAAAAUGGUGGCCGUUGCAUGAACAGUCCUGGAAGCUACACAUGUAAAUGUCUUCCUGGAUACAGCGGACACAACUGUCAGACAGAUAUUGACGACUGCUCGCCCAACCCCUGUCUGAAUGGAGGCUCCUGUGUGGAUGGUGUUUGGAGCUUCUCCUGCGACUGUCGCCAGGGUUUUGAAGGGGAGCGCUGUGAGACCGAGGUGGACGAAUGUGCGAGCCAGCCCUGCAGGAACGGUGCCAUCUGCAGAGACUACGUCAACAGCUUUGUCUGCGAGUGUCGCCCAGGCUUUGAUGGAAUUCUGUGUGAACACAAUAUCCUCGAAUGCACUGAGAGCUCCUGUCUUAACAAUGGUACUUGCAUAGAUGACAUCAACACCUUCUCCUGCCGAUGUCGUCCUGGUUUUUAUGGGACUUUCUGUGAGUAUGAGCAGAAUGAGUGCGAUUCUCAGCCCUGUAAGAAUGGAGGCACCUGCACUGAUGGCCUGGACACAUACCGCUGCACCUGCCCUGUGGGAUACAAUGGACGAAACUGCCAGAACUAUGUGAACCUGUGCAGCCAGGUACGCUGUCUGAACGGGGGCUCCUGCUCUCAGACUGCAACCUCCUGGACCUGUCACUGUGCAUGGGGAUGGACGGGGUUGUAUUGUGAUGUCCCAAAUCAGUCCUGCCAGGACUUUGCUGCCACAAAGGGUAUUGAAGUUGAAAACGUAUGUGAGAAUGCUGGGCGCUGUGUGAACGAGGGCAAUUCUCACAAGUGUCAGUGCCAGCCAGGAUACACCGGCAGCUACUGUCAAGACAAGGUUGAUGAGUGCAAGUCAAACCCAUGUCGCAACGGAGCCACAUGCAAGGACUACCAGGGAACAUACGAGUGCAUUUGUAAGCCAGGCUUCCAGGGGGUGAACUGUGAGUAUGAUGUGGAUGAGUGCCACUCAAAGCCCUGCCUCCAUGGAGGAACCUGCAUUAACCUAAUCAACCGCUUCACCUGCGCCUGUCCCCCUGGAACACAUGGGCUCCAGUGUGAGGUUAACGUGGACGACUGUGCCCCUCAGCCUGGCUCCUCAGAACCUCGCUGUCGAAACAGAGGGCAGUGUGUGGAUGGCGUGGGCCGUUAUACAUGCUCCUGCCCUCCUGGAUUUGUUGGAGAACACUGUGAGGGAGAUCUGAAUGAAUGCCUGUCAGGUCCCUGCCAUGCUCCAGGCAGCCUUGACUGUGUGCAGCUGGUCAACGAUUACCAGUGUCGCUGUCGCCUUGGAUACACGGGUCGUCAUUGUGAGUCCAUGGUGGAUCUGUGCCUGUCAAAACCCUGUCAUAACAGUGGCACCUGCUCUAUGAACAUGACCUCAGUACAUGGAUAUACCUGCUCCUGUGUACCUGGCUUUACUGGAUUCAACUGUGGAGAAAUCGAAGGUUACAGCUGUGAGAAGCUUCGUUGUCAGCAUGGUGGGCGCUGUGUAGAUUCACCAGCUGGACAUCUAUACUGCCAAUGCCAGCCCGGCUUCAGCGGGCCCCAUUGUGAGAAUGAACAAAGGUGUCCAUGGACCUGCCAGAAUGGAGGAACCUGUGUCAAGGACCCAUCCAACCCGUACCAGUACAGCUGCCGCUGCCCCAUGCACUUUUCUGGACGAUACUGCGAGAAAACCCUCCUCAUACCGGGCAAAACGUCUUGCCCCUACCCGCAGUGUGAGCAGCAGUCUGGGGAUAAAGUUUGUGACGACCAGUGUAACAAUCACGAGUGUCAGUGGGACGGGGGAGACUGCUCGCUAAACUGGCGACAGCCUUGGGUCAACUGUACAGCUAGCAUUCCCUGCUGGGAUCUCUUCAAGAACGGGCGUUGUGAUAAGGAGUGUGAUAACCCUGGGUGUUUGUUUGACAGCUUUGAGUGUCAGGAGACCAAACCAGCCUCCUGCAAGUAUGACAAGUACUGCGCUGAUCACUAUGGUAACGGUAUUUGUGACCAGAGCUGCUACACAGAAGGUUGCGGUUGGGACGGCCUGGAUUGUUCAGGUGACACUCCACCCAGGCCGGUAGACGGCAUGCUGGUUAUCGUGGUCCGGCUGCAGCCUAAGGAGCUGCUUGGAGACUUGCGGGGUUUCUUGCGUGCCCUGGGAGCCCUGCUGCACACCAACCUGAAGGUGAAGCUGGAUGACAACAAGAAACCGAUGGUGCGACCAUACUACGGUACGGAGGAGGAGCAGGGUCGGCAUGCACAGAGGAGCAGACCUAAGAGGGAGCUGGAGAGGGAGGUUAUAGGAUCUGUGGUGUACCUGGAAAUUGACAACCGUGAAUGUGUCCAGAUCUCUGUUGACUGUUUCUCCAACACUGAUGAAGCUGCAUCCUUUAUCGCAGCAGCACACAUCAAAGCUGAACUUCCCUACCCUCUAGUUUCUGUCAAUAACAUGCUUCCUCCACCUCCAGGUGAUAAAACUCUUAAACCCGAUGACCCGCUGCCGUAUGUGGUUGGAGUGGCAGUGGUCAUUAUUCUGCUCAUCCUGGUGCUGGGAAUGCUAGCAGCCAAGAGGAAACACAAACAUGGGCUCCUGUGGCUGCCUGAUGGCUUCUUGGCCAACAAAAAUGACAAGAGGAGAGAGCCUGUGGGACAGGAUGACCUGGACAUGAAGAAUUUCAAGACCCAGGAUGGAACCAUGAUUGAUGGAGGUCAGAGUCAGAGAUGGCUGGAAGAUCAGGUCCCAACCAAAAAACCUAGACAGACUGAAGACAAACCAUUGCUGCCCAUGCCCAUGGAUGGAGGUGUUGACCACAGAGAGUGGACUCUGCAGCAUCGUAAGGCUGCUGACAUCACCCUAACGCCUCCUCAGGCUGACCUGGAUGCUGACUGUCUGGAUGUUAAUGUUAAGGGGCCUGAUGGCUUCACCCCUCUGAUGUUGGCAUCACUGCGUAAUGGCGGAGGCCCAGACUGUGGUCUGCAUGCAGAAGAGGAGGAUGAGAGCGGAGGAGAUGAGCCCGGGCCGAGUGUUAUUUCAGACCUGAUUGCUCAGGGAGCAUCUUUAAUGGCUCAAACUGACCGAACGGGUGAAACAGCGCUCCACCUGGCUGCCCGCUAUGCCAGGGCUGACGCUGCAAAGAGGCUGCUGGAUGCUGGAGCUGAUCCCAACGCGCAUGACAACAUGGGCAGAACUCCUCUGCAUGCUGCUGUGGCUGCUGAUGCCCAGGGAGUCUUCCAGAUUCUGAUCCGUAAUCGUGCAACAGAGCUGGAUGCUCGGAUGAAUGAUGGCACCACUCCUCUGAUCUUGGCAGCUCGGCUCGCUGUGGAGGGCAUGGUGGAAGAGCUGAUCCACUGCCAUGCAGACAUCAACGCUGUAGACGACCAUGGUAAAUCUGCUCUGCACUGGGCAGCUGCAGUAAACAAUGUGGAGGCGACGCUUGUGCUUUUGAAAAAUGGAGCUAACCGGGACAUGCAAGACAAUAAGGAGGAGACCCCUCUGUUUCUGGCAGCAAGAGAAGGCAGUUUUGAGGCGGCUCAGGUCCUUCUGGACCAUUAUUCCAACAGGGACAUCACUGACCACCUGGAUCGGCUUCCCCGUGAUACAGCACAGGAGCGCAUGCAUCACGACAUUGUGCGCCUGCUGGACCAGUACAACCUGGUCCACAGUCCACACAAUGGGCCCAACCACAUGGGUGGAGGAGGAAACUCCUCUGUUAUGUGUGGAGCCAACGGAGCAGGUUACAUCGGCAUGCGGCCUGGGCCACAGGGAAAGAAGAGCAGGAGAGGAGGGGGUGGAGCAAAGAUUGGAGGAGUCAGCGGGGGAGCUAAAGAUCUCAAAGACAUGAAAGCAAAGAGAAGAAAGAAACCUGCUGGAGGGGAGGGGCCAGGUGUGGGGGCUGGAGUAGGGGGAGGAAAUGGAGGUGGUAACGGAGGAGGGAGCGCUAAUGGCGUCAAAGCUGCAGGUGCUCUUCCAGAGAGCUCAGUCACCAUGUCACCCGUCGACUCCCUGGAAUCCCCACACUCAUAUACAGCUGACGUGUCGGGCACGGUCUCCACCACAGCAAACUCUCCUCCCCUCCUGAGCAGCCCUACCUCCAGACCUAUGCUGCCCCCUGUCAGCCACAUGCUGGGGCAGCAGCAGGGCUGGGUGGGCAUGACAAAGCACGGUUACAGUGGCCACAUGUUUGGCCUUGUGUCGCACCAGAUGGGUGGGUCUCACCCGGGCAUGGGCCAACAUCACAGCCAGGGCCCCAUGCUCACUCCCAUGAAUGUCACCAUGAGCAGAGAGCAGCUGCCACCCAUCGUCACAUUCCAGAUGAUGGCGCCUGGUGGAGGCCAGGCCAUGAUGAAGCAGCCUCAGCCGGGGCAGGUUCAGGUCACACAGUCGCAAGGCCAGAGCCAGAGCCAGGGCCACCUACACUGCUCCCAGAGUCUGAUGUACCCAAUGCCAGACCAGAUAAGCAUGGCACAUGGUCUCUCCCACACCCUGCAGCACCCUCACACUGUUACCCAUGGGGCCCACAGUGGGAUUGAGGGCCAGUCAAGGCAGCUGCCCUCCUACCAAACCAUACAGAGCCCGGUUGAUAAAUACCCUACACCCCCCUCUCAGCACAGUUACACCACUGCCGGCUCAGAGGGCACCACCCCUGGCCACUCAGCCCACCCUCCCAGUGAGCACCCAUAUCUCACUCCUUCACCAGAGUCCCCUGACCCCUGGUCGUCCUCUUCGCCACACUCCAACUCGGACUGGUCUGAUGUCACCACCAGCCCCACCCCUCUGGGGAACCCACACCAUGCACUGCCAUCCACACACCACACACACAUUCCAGAGCAGGUGCAGCUGCAGCCACAGUCGCAGCAGAUGCAGCAGGCGUCUCAGCAGCCUCAGCUCGGAAACAUGCAGGUGUUUGCAUAGGCUGGACACAGGAAAGCAGAAACAGAUGGACUUUUGGGUUCUGUGUAGUGAAAUAACACAUAGUAACUCUUCUGAUGCUUUUCUCUCUUCUCUCAUUAAUUCUCUCUGUUUGUUCUUCAUUAUAGCAGUUAGUAACCCCCCCUUUAUG